AUGUGUAGGGGUUGUCCCCCUAUCAUUCGUGGCGGUCUUAUCUUAUCCUCGCAACGUCAGGGGAUUGCCUCCUCGGUUGCAGAGCCCUGGAUGUGUAGGGGUUGUCCCCCUAUCAUUCUUGGCGGUCUUACCUUAUCCUAUCCUCGCAACGUCAGGGGAUUGCCUCCUCGGUUGCAGAGCCCUGGAUGUGUAGGGGUUGUCCCCCUAUCAUUCGUGGCGGUCUUAUCCUAUCCUCGCAACGUCAGGGGAUUGCCUCCUCGGUUGCAGAGCCCUGGAUGUGUAGGGGUUGUCCCCCUAUCAUUCUUGGCGGUCUUACCUUAUCCUAUCCUCGCAACGUCAGGGGAUUGCCUCCUCGGUUGCAGAGCCCUGGAUGUGUAG